GUCACUUCUGGGAUAUACGGGCUUUGGAAUUCUUAUAAAUAACUAUAAUUGUAGAAAUAAAAGACUGAACUACUCGUCACUUAGUUGUGUUAAUGUGAACGUCGACAGAAUGUAUUUGAAGUGGUUAUUUAUUUACGGUUGUGUAACGAAAAUUGGCGCACAAAUACAUGGUCCCGUUUCCAUACCGAGGGACUCGUUUGAUCAGGGACUGUACGAAUCAGUGUUAGAUGAGGAACAAUGCCAGAAGGAAAUUGACUAUAUGAAGUUAGAGGAUCAGUGGCUACUUUUGAGGUUUUUCGAUCUCGGUUUUCGAGCGCCGACGGGUAUUAUGGACAAUGUGAAUACGAAUGACUUCGGGGAUUAUUUCAAAUGCCUAGAGCUAAACGCAGAUUCACAAGAUCCUCCGAUCAAGGGAAAGUACUGCGCCGUUACGGUGCCUUUGAAUCAAGACCUUCGACUGCCCUUUUUGGAUGGCCAAUUCAACGGACGAGAUCUUUUGUCUGACCAAAUCAGAAGGAAGGGAAUGGAUCCAGAAGUGGUGUUCAAAGCGAUAGAGCAACGUUCAGACGACUCGAACGCUGGAGGAAUAUUCGAUGACUUAACGUUCAGAUUUGGCAUUUGUAUGCCGCAGACGUGUAGGACGGAUCAAUGGGUGUCGGAGGUGUUCGCCAACGUCAGCGCUAUUGGGUUCAAAUACGAAGAAGAGUUUUGCCGUCUGCCUGACGACAGGCCUUGGGUGGCCGCCGACUACGUGGCAAUAGUAAUAUUUUCAACAUUGGUAGCUUUAACAGUUGCGAGUACGUGUUACGACCUCCACUGCACCUUUACUCUUAAAAAAGACAAGAAGCAAAUCAGUCCUCUGUUGAGCUCUUUCUCCGUCUACACGAACACGCGUCGGCUGACGACGUUCUCCUCGAACGCCAACACCCUGGACUGCUUGGACGGGAUCCGGGCGAUCUCAAUGAUGUGGGUCAUCUUGGGCCACACCUUCUCCAUGUACAACACGUUCAUGAAUCUCCUGGAGGUCAUUGACUUCCUCGUCUCCACUCCGGCCACCUUCGUGCAGUCCGGGGUCUUCGCCGUCGACACCUUUUUGACGAUGACUGGAAUUCUUCUGAUCUACACGUCCGUCGGAAAGAUGACUACGAAGUCACUUUUGAAAUCGCUUCACGUGUUCUACAUCAAUCGUAUCAUGCGUCUGUUCCCUCUGUUGGGCGCCAUCGUGCUCCUGGAGGCUUCCGUCUUUCACAGAAUAGCUGACGGCCCCUACUGGUUGACGGUGGCAAGAAACGUCGAGAGAUGUAGGAACUGGUGGUGGAGCACCAUUCUAUACGUCCAGAACUACGUAAAUCCUAAUGAUAUCUGCAUCCAGCACUCCUGGUAUCUGGCAAUCGACAUGCAGCUGCACAUCAUCUCUCCACUGAUUCUGGUCUGGGUAUACUCCGGCAGACGCAGACUGGCGUGGGCUGGCCUCUCGGGCGGCAUCCUGGCCGUUCUGGUGGCCUCGACGGUCUUCAACUUCAUGUUCGACUUGCCCUCCAGUAACGCGAGUCUCGUCCGUUUAGGAGAACAGGCGGACUACAUGCAGAAAUUCUACCAAAAUACGUUGACGAGAGGUGCGCCAUUUUUCUUCGGAAUGGCUGCGGGCUACCUGCUCGUCCUCACAAAGGGAAAGAAGAUAAAAUUGCCAUUGGCCUUCGUGCUCGUGGCUUGGAUAAUCGCGCUGUCGAUGUUCUCCACCGUCUUCUAUAUGACAUACGAGGUGAUGCAGUUGGAAUGGAGAAACCAGCUCGCCGACAACUUGUACAACUCCUUUGCCAGGCCGAUUUGGGCGAUAGCGCUGUGCUGGCUCGUCUUCGCUUGCGUUCACGGCUAUGGAGGUCCCAUCAACUGGACGCUGUGCCUGCCGAUGUGGAAGAUCCCGGCUCGGAUCUCCUACGCCAUGUACCUCUUCCACUACUCCUUCAUGUUCAUCGCAGCCAGCAUGCAGAUUAGGCCUCUGUACUUCACCGUAGCUCAGUCGCUUUUCGAUUUCCUCGGCCACUUGUUUUUGACCACUCUGACGGCGUUCAUAGUGACGGUGUUGAUCGACUCGCCGUUCUCCACUUUGACCAAACUGCUCUUAAGCGGAGGACAGAAACGACCUCGACGACCUCCACCGGAAGUCAAAGCGUCCGUCGAAGGACAACCCGAAAACGGCAACACGAGAAUAUAAUUCAAUCAAAUCGAUUAGUUUAUUGUUUCUACGUCAAUUAAUUUUCAUAAUUUUAUUCCUAAUACGAUUUGAAUUCAUUCGAAGUAAUUUCUCGAUUCUGAGCUUACACAACGAUGACCAUACCUUACCUAUUGUUAUCGAAAAAUAAGAACAUCAUCGCAGAUAUCUAAUUAAUGUAAUACUUCAAAAUUAUAAAUGUUUCAAUUAGAAUACUAAUUUGUAAACAUAUAUACCUAUAUUAUAUGUGUACGAUUAGAAAACCUGAGGCGUAAUGAUAUGAUGCGUACAUUUAUAUUAUAUUAUUUAUAGAUUACGUGACAUUUAGGUUUAAGAAUAACUUUAUUUCUCAUAAGAAUUGCAUACAAAAUUCACUUACUGAGAAACACAUAUUUAAAACUAAGAUUAAAAAUUAGAAAUUAGAGCGCACAGAUGUAGGUACAUAUAUAAAAUAACAAAACAGAACAGCACCAAAAAUGUGGGUAGACAUAAUAAACUUGAUCAGUCAACCAAGCAAAACACGGAUGUACGAAUUUGAGUUUUUACUAGAUGUGGCAUUGAUGGCAUAGUCUGAUAUAACAAGUUUACAUUGAUUAUUUUAAUUUUUUUCCAUAACACUAUUUUAUUUUUAGUUUAUUCCUAUAUUUAUAUAUUUAGGGCAUGUACAAGGUUUAUAAAACAUUUUUACAGACUAAAAUCACUUUUAGGCAGAUUUUGGUCAAUAUCAAAUACAAUUCUUUAACACCGUGAGGAGUGUUAGUUUAAAGUUCUUUAGACAUUAAACAUUUCAAGUGUUAUCGCAUUCCUGUCAAUAUAUAUAUAUACAUAUUAUAUUUUAAUCACUUAUUUGUAUGUAAUUAAUGUGUAAGUUUUUAGAAGCUUUUUAAAUCGGGCAUAAUUUUGUUCCGCUUUUAUAACUGAUGGUAACUUAUUAUAAAUUGUACCACCCUCAUACUCCAAACUUCUUUUGCCAUAGUUAGUUCUAGGAGGGCGGGUCACCAAGUAACUAGCACGUCUUAAGUUAAUAUUUAUUGUAAGAAAUAUCACAUGUUUAUUUAUCUUUAGGGCAAUCUCAAUAAUGUACAUAUU